AUGGUCCAUGUAGAAGAUAGUCUUCAACUUCCCCGAGACUUCGAAGGGUUUGGGGAAGACGGCCACGAUGCACAAUGGCCCAAUGGUGCGCGAAUUGCAGUAUCCUUUGUCCUCAAUUACGAAGAAGGCGGCGAGCGCAACCCCCUAGAUGGCGACGGCACCAGCGAGCCUUAUCUCUGGGAAAAGGGUCCUUCGGGUGGCGGUAAAGACCAGCGCCACUUAAAUGGCGAGCAAGACUACGAGUAUGGUAGCCGAUGUGGCGCAUGGCGUAUACUCCGUCUAAUGAAAGAAUUCGGGUGGAACAUGACCCUCUGGGCCAUCGCAGUGGCAAUGGAACGAAAUCCCACGUUUGCGAAAGCAUGUGUUCGAGAUGGUCAUGAAAUAGGCGCACAUGGGUAUAGAUGGCUCGAUAUCUGGGAUUAUUCUUUGGAAGAAGACAAAGCGUAUAUCAAGAAGACAUGCCAGACGCUGGAGGCAGCUACAGGUGAGUUUCCUGUUGGAGCGUACUUUGGCAGAGGAACACCGAAUACGGCUAGUUUACUUCCAAUCAUGUGGAAAGAGAUGGGGCAUAAGAUGCUGUAUACUUCCGAAGUCUACAAUGAAGACUCACCGUAUUGGAUUGAUCUACCUUGGGAGAAGGAACUUCCUGAUAACGAAAAGGAGGGCCUGCUGAUGCUGCCAUAUAACUACGACUGUGAGCCCAGUCUCUUCCAACUCGCACACCCUGAGCUAACAGUUACCAAAGGCAACGACGGAAAGUUCCAUAUGCUUCCCGGUUUUGUGAGUUCAGCUGGUGCUGUAUACGAACAGUAUCUCAAGGACACGUUUGAUUGCCUAUACAGAGAAGGCGGCAAGAUGAUGACGAUUCCGCUACAUUCGAGAAUAGCUGGUAAGCCAGGAAGAUCGGAGAGUCUACGUAACUUCAUGAAGUAUAUAUCGCAGAAGGAAGGCGUAUGGGUUGCGAGUCGGAGGGAUAUUGCGCAUCAUUACCGCAAUACGUUUCCGUACAGACCGGGCUCGAAGACGGGUGGUUCGUAG